AUGGCUGGCGCUGGGGAAGGGGGGGUCCGGCCUUUUCCCCCCUUCUACCGUCUGCCCAAGACAUGUGUACUCUCAACAAGCAUUUCGUGUGCUGGACAGCAGAACGCUGAGGAUGACCCCAGGAGAAGUUGGGCAACAAAAAAGUUGCUUGAUCGUCACCCAGCCAGGUCGAGCAGCCUAACGACGAGGGAUCCCCUGUCCAUGACGGCAAACAACUUCUACAGAAGACUCUCUCUUGAACGUUACCGAAGCCAACAGCAGCACGUGAGCAGCUCCUUUCCACUUUCCAUAUCAAAAACCUCAAGGACACAGCGACCUCCCUCACCGACUACGAACCUUCCAAGCGAGGUGUAUCCUUGGGCCCGAUACCUGGGCAGCGCCGAUGAGCUUGUUUUCCCAAGCUCUGCGCGUCUGUUUGUGGUGCGCACUCAUCAGUGCAGUACUACGGUAGACGCUGGAGCUCCUUGGUGGAAACAGGCUCCGACACAACAACAGCACAGCACAAAACACAUAACAUACACGCUCGACUCGACGCGACUGUACUGUUUAGCAGAAUGCACCGUUUUGGUCAUCAUUCCUUGUAUCGCCGAUCACUGCCUUCACGCACAGGGACAAGGUGUCCAGUCUGGUCUCUGCUGCUGCACCGGAAGCACGUCUCAUCAUCGCCCACAAGAGUAUCGGGUACCGGCGGAUCAAUAUUACUGUCAUGAUAUGCAUCCUGCAGAAGAAGCAGAGGGCAGCAUGAAUGAGCAGCUUGCGGCUAUCGCUGGUUUCGAAACAGCGGCAGUCCACUUCCGCCCUGCCAUUGCGACACGGACACACUACUGCAACCUGAGCUCGCCCUUCUGCUCUUCUCCCCCAAGUAUCUCUUGA